GGUUCGGGCCGUUCGGCGUCCAUUCCACAAUCCAUUGCCUGCAAGCCGCAAGGCCUGCAAUCAGCAAUCGUUCGUGAGGAUUCGGAGUUGUCGGUGAAAACUUGUGGGAGAGCAACGGCAAGCAACGGUCUGGUCGAAAGGACGAAAAUGGCGAUGGCGACGAACCAAGUUAAGGGUAGCGGCUGGCCACGGCGGGCGAGCAACAGUUCGUUCGAGGGGAAGGUGGUGCAGAAUCAGUCGGUCACCAUCAACAGGACCGUCAAUUUAUAUCCUUUGACAAACUAUACGUUUGGAACAAAAGAGCCACUCUUCGAGAAAGAUCCAUCAGUACCAGCAAGGUUUCAGCGCAUGAGAGAUGAAUUCGACAAGAUCGGCAUGCGGAGAAGCGUAGAAGGCGUCUUACUGGUACACGAGCAUGGACUGCCACACGUUCUUCUUCUGCAACUCGGCACAACAUUCUUCAAAUUACCUGGCGGAGAACUCAAUACAGGAGAAGAUGAGGUAGAGGGCCUAAAACGGCUCCUUACAGAGACUUUCGGACGGCAGGACGGGGUGAAGCAGGAAUGGGUUAUAGAGGACACCAUUGGAAACUGGUGGCGUCCAAACUUUGAACCACCUCAGUAUCCGUACGUGCCGCCACACAUCACAAAACCGAAAGAACAUAAGAGACUAUUUCUCGUACAACUACAAGAGAAAGCUCUCUUUGCUGUACCGAAGAACUACAAGUUAGUCGCUGCACCAUUAUUCGAAUUAUAUGACAAUUCGCAAGGUUACGGUCCCAUAAUCUCAUCUUUGCCACAAUCUUUGUGCAGGUUUAAUUUCAUCUAUAUGUGAAACUAGAAUUAAAAGACCAAGACCGAAAUAUUCGGUUUAAUUUAAUGAAAUCUAUUAGAGGUUUAAUAAUUAGACGCGUAUGUGGUACGAAACGAUGCUGAUAUUUGAGGGAAAUUUCUGAUCUAUGUAUAUGAUGCAUUGCGAAUUAAAUCAUUUUUUAAGUAGUA